ACCAUCGCAUGCCCGCAGGCCGAGGAUGCAGCGCUGGAAGGCGGCAGCCUUGGCCUCGGUGCUCUGCAGUUCAGUGCUCUCCAUCUGGAUGUGUCGGGACGGCCUGCUCCUCAGUCACCACCUGGGACCCUCGCUGACCCCACUGCGCCGGCCGCCGCGCACCCUGGACGCCCGGAUCGCCCGCCUGGCCCAGUAUCGUGCACUGCUGCAGGGCGCCCCGGACGCGGUGGAGCUGCGCCAGCUGACGCCCUGGGCCGGCAGGCCCCCGCGUCCGCGCCGUCGGGCGGGGCUCCGGCGGAGGCGCGCGCGCGCGCGAUCGGGGACGCGGCCGUGCGGGCUGCGCGAGCUGGAAGUGCGCGUGAGCGAGCUGGGCUUGGGCUACGCGUCCGACGAGACGGUGCUGUUCCGCUACUGCGCAGGCGCCUGCGAAGCGGCUGCGCGCGUCUACGACCUGGGGCUGCGGCGGCUUCGCCAGCGGCGGCGCGUUCGGCGGGAGCGGGUGCGCGCGCAGCCCUGCUGCCGCCCGACGGCCUACGAGGACGAGGUGUCCUUCCUGGACGCGCACAGCCGCUACCACACGGUCCACGAGCUGUCGGCGCGCGAGUGUGCCUGCGUCUGA